UUUUAUGAUGCCACCUUGACACUUAGUGCAACCUUGACACCAACUUCAAACUUAAUACUUGGCACGGUGAUGGCAUUGCAAGUGGAGAUAGAAGAAAAGAUUUGCACUUUCUCUAAUGCCACUUUGCAAAGUGUGGCAACUUCCAUGAAGCUUAAGUUUGACAAGUAUUGGGGGGACAUUGAAAAGGUUAACCCUAUACUCUUUAUAGCCCAAGCACUCGACCCGAGGUACAAGUUUGAAAUGUUGGAGGCAAGUCUAGAGGAACUCCGCUAUUCAUGUGAUGCAAUCUUGGAUGUGAAGACGACUAUUAAAAAAAACUUGACAGAUUUGUUUAAGGCGUAUAAGGAGGGAGAGGUUUCUAGUAGUAGUAGUAGUGUUACCGUGGAUCAAAGGCCAAGUGUUGUGGUAGAUGAUUCUUCGGGGUUGGAAGAUGAUGAUGUUGCUACAAGAAUGCAAAGGAAGAUCCAACAAAAAAGAGCAGCGGCCCAACAAAAUGAGAUAUCCAAUGAAGUGGAUAUGUAUUUCAAUGAUCCUCACCAAAGCUUAACUUAUGAGGGUUUCAAUAUUUUGGAUUGGUGGAAAGUCAAUUCUGGAAUAUAUCCAACUCUUAGUAGGGUUGCCAGGACAUUUUUGCUCUUCCUAGUAGCACCGUUGCUAGUGAGAAUGCUUUUAGUCUUGGUGGGAGAGUUGUAGAUCCUUUUAGAGCUUCCCUAACACCGAGAACAGUUGAGGCUUUGGUGUGUACAAGUGAUUGGCUAAGGGGGAAUGAAAUGUCUUUCUACAAGGAGCCUACAAUUGACGAUCUUAUGUUCUACAAGGAACUUGAAGAGUUGGAGAAGGAGUUGCCUAAUAUGGGAGGUGAGGAGAAUCCCACACAAGGUGAAAUGCCACCUCCUCCACCACCUCAAGUUCAAUGCCGCCCAUCAUUACCUCCACGACCACCCAUUUCAAGAGCAUCUAAUCCAACACAAAGGAGGGUUCAAUUAUCAACAAGAGGAAGGGGUCCACCACCACCAUCAACACCAACGUCAACGGGUCAUUCAUCAACAAGGGGAAGAGGUCGAAGGGGCUAAAGGAAAUGAACUACGUUUAUAAACUAUGUUUUGCUUUUGGUUUGUAAUUUAAUCUAAAUUCAUUCGGAAGUUUGGUUUGUAAAAUUUAACUUAUUUCAUUUUGGUUGCAUGCACUUUUAAUUAACUA